AUGGAUUCCGGCGACGCCACCCAAUGCCUCCCCCGCAAUUUCGUCCUCGACGAUACAGUCUCCAGAAUGAGGCUCUACAACCCUUCCAUCCUCAUCAAGCAGCCCAAAAUACCUCUUGCUUUCGCUUGGCCGGCCAUCGACCGUCAGGCCGCUGUUGGCAACCUCGAAGUCCCCGUCAUUGACCUAUCCGGCUUCCUUCACGGCGAUGAAGCCGCCGCACGCCGAGCAGCUAAGCAAGUCGAAGCCGCGUGCCGUGAGCACGGGUUCUUUCAGGUGAUAAACCACGGAGUAGACGCCGAGAUCUACGCGGCGGCCAUGAACGCCAUUAAUGGGCUAUUUGAUUUGCCGUUUGAAAAGAAGAUGGAGGCAGGGCAGGGGAAGGGGAGAGUAGACGGAUAUGCGGUGGCGCAUUCCGACCGGUUCUUGGCGCUGCUUCCGUGGAAGGAGACCUUCACGUUCGUUCAUGGCUUUAAGGGGGACGAAGCGCAGCGGACACCCGGUGCCCCCCACUUGAAAACGAGAAAAUUAUUUUUUCAAGUCGGCGCUGGAGCCGGAUUUUCAAGGAUAAUGGGG